UUAUCAUUAUGCCAAGUGUAUGAGUUAUAAGCAAAGAUCCUGCACAUGUCUUCAAUUUGCGAGCCAUUUUUACAAAACAGGACGUAGUAGUAAUCACCCAAGUAUUAUUAGAUGAAGAAACUACCAUUUCCUUUUUUGACGAUUAUCAUAGUGGUGGGAAUAGUAUAUUACGUCGGCCUUUCGCAAUCCUCUAAGGAGUCUAAGGCCUCCAAGAUUUCACAUCUUGCAUGUUACGUCGCAGGCGGAAACAGAUUGCUCGACCUAUUCGAAAUCCAAACGCCACCAGAUGAUUCGAUAUAUUUCAUCGACACGUCGUGGAAAUGGAUUACGGAAAACGCAGUUACGAUCAAUCCAAGACAGGCAUGCGCCGUGGAAUCCGCUGCCCGGAGCAACCCCAGCCAUCAAACCUACCUAAUGUACAUGUCACUUGGAUUAAUUGAAAACGAAACCACACUAUCUGGGAAGCUUUUACAUACACUAAUCAAAAUAAAAAAUGUCAACCUGUUGUGGUUAAAUUUUCCACGUCUGCUCAAGGGCACAAUUGUUGAAGAAUUGUACACGAGUGGCAAGAUCCAGUCUUCAAAGUUUCCCGUUAACACCGCUAGCAACAUCGCUAGACUUUUGCUUCUGUUGAAGUUUGGCGGAAUCUACCUUGAUCUAGAUUUUGUGAUAAUAAAGUCAUUUGGUGACUUGGCUUCCAAUUUUGCGGUUGCAGAAUCCGGGAGCGCCGUUAACAAUGCAGUCUUAAGAAGCACCCUUAACGGCAGUGGGAAAGAGUUUAUUAGGGGAUGCUUGGAAGAAUUGCAAAAUCAUUUUGUUGGUAACGCGUGGGGGAAGAAUGGACCCGUCAUAGUUACCAAGGUUUUGAAGGAAAUGUGCAACGUGAAAAAGAUUAAAGAAAUGUACCACAAGAAUUGCUCCGGAAUCACCGUUUACCCACCUGACUACUUUUACCCAAUUUCUUAUAAAAAUUGGAAGUUUUAUUUUGAUAACGGUCACGAAAAGGAUUUACACUACGUGUUAGAAAAAAGUCAUGGAAUACAUCUGUGGAAUAAGUUCAGUAAAGACGCACGUUCUCAUUCUGAUGAAUCGAUUUACAGAGUUAUUGCUAAAAAGUAUUGUCCACAAGUGUAUUCCAUAGCGAGCGAAUACUUUUGAAGCAUUGCAAAUUGUAUUUUUCUCAUAAUGUCUAAAGCUACAGUCAAUGAUCACGCAAUAAUAAAUGGAAUAAAUUAUUAUUAUUAUUA